AUGCAGACCGAAAAAGAUCUCCCAUCGGAGACUGGUCACUCAGUCUCAGCAAACUCAUUUGAAAUCACUGAGCUAGCCACCCCAAAACACCGACACCUUUACUUCGCCUACGGAUCCAAUCUAUCGCCAAGCCAAAUGAAGCUCCGCUGCAAACACAACCCAACUCUCUCUUCAACCCCACUAGCUAUCGCAUUCCUACCCAGUUGGAAAUGGCUAAUCUGCCAAGCGGGGUAUGCAAAUGUCGUCCCGCCACCAGGAAUGCGAGUCGGAAAGCAAGACAGUGCCGCCGCGCACAAAAUACCUGCAUCCGGUACAGACGACGGUGUCUACGGUCUUCUCUAUGAAAUGGACCCGGCCGAUGAGAGACUUUUGGAUAUGUAUGAGGGAGUGGAUCAUGAUGCGAAGAAGGCGGAUAGGAGCGAGGUCCCUGUGGAUAUCCGGCCGCUUGAACAGGGGAAAGGCAGUUAUAACAAGUGGUAUCUACAUGCGCAGGUUGUUGAGUGGAUUGGCGAUGGUGAACACCCGAUUAAGACGGAGAAGAAUGGGGAGGCUCUUGUGCUUGUUUAUGUUGAUGAGAAUCGGGUAGUUAUGGGCCCGCCGAAGACAGAGUAUAUUGGGCGGAUGAACCGUGCGAUUCGCGAGUCUGUAUCUUUGGGAAUUCCGGGGAGAUGGAUUGAGGAUGUUAUGAGACGUUUUAUUCCAGUGGAAUAA